AAGGGGAACAAGCUGAUUUCAAUCUGUAUUCGAAGGGUUCAAUGUGUAAUGUCGAAAUGGAUUAUUGAACGUCUCCUGAAAUUGUUAUCCUUGGAGUGCUUAAGUAUUUUAUCCCUAUAGUUUUGUCCUAACACGUUCGACAGCAUAAGAAAACAGCCGAAGUGAAGAUACUAGUUAAAUAAUAAAGAUUUGAAGCGAAGAAACGAAAUUAAGUGUUGUCAUACUUUAACUGCUCUGAUGUCACGCCGGCGCGUAGCGGGGUAGGUUUUGUUCAUGGCCACCAGGCAGCCUGCAAGCGACCACGUGAAUAUUUCGGAUACUAAAGCCUUGUUAAAUGCUCGUUUACAAGUGGAUUCCGAUCACUCUACAACUGAGUCUCACUCAAGAUUGAAUGGUUGCCUAGUCAAUAAAGACAAUCCUUGGGCAAAAGGUAUGUCUUAUCCAUAUACAGGAAGAUAUAUUGCAGCCCCGGGAGCAUCUGGCGAUGGGUCAGAUGCGGCUACAUGUCAACCGGGUGCUUGCAGUAAAGACCAAGACUGGCCAACUCUUCAAAGCGCCUUGUCUCAAGUGUCACAAUGCAAUACAAGCAAUAUGGUUACAAAUUCCAAAACGAAGGAUAAGCAAAAGCGAAAUUCCACUGAAACCAAUUCCUAUCAGGUUGAUUUAAAUGUCAAAUCUACGGUAACUAACCAUCAGAAAAAGAAGUGGGAACAAGCCUCGAUAGAGUACAUUUUCCCUAAGCCUAACAAUAUUGAUGGGUUUGCUGGUUCGCGACCAGAUGCCAACCGAUGGAGUCGAUCAGGUGAACAUGAUAAAGAAAAUUACCACAACGGGAAGUCUAGGAUUGAAAGUAAUAAUUCAACUGAGAAGGCAAAUUCUGCAUCAAAUGCGAAUAGUCUUGGAAGCUCAGGGAAUCGUCCUCGUCCAUUUGUUCGUUACAUGAGGUACCCAAAAUCUAGUCGUCCUCAGCGUCGUCAACAACAGUCUUCCGGUGCCUCCGUAACAGCACCCAAUCGUUAUGUGGCCGGAUCCACGAAUUCAGUAUCAGCAUACAAUGUUACGAAUCCCUUAUGGGUUCCAACUGAUGUCAGUCAGAUCGCAAAUGUUGGUCGUUUAUCAACUCAGGGUCAUCCAGCUCCACAAAGAAUUAACACCUUGCCUCACUUGAUUCCAAUUCCACUCUAUGGAUCAAACCCUCAGAGUCCGUCGUUAUCACCUACAUUUCUUUCAGCUGUUGGAUACCCACUAUUGAUGAUUUACCCUACAACACCUGUGGCAACACCAACAGUUUCUGGAGCUUCUGAUCCUAUCUACGACUACUGUGCUGCUGCUGCUGCUGCCGCCGCCGCCGCUUCUGUUGCUAGCCAGCAAUCCAAUAUGCCCGUUGAUCCGUCAGAUCCGGCAUCACAAUCAAGACCGACUGAUUCUUCAGAACAACAGAAUUGUUUACUUUCUCAAUUUUGUACAACCCCACUAGUAUCAAUAAAUGCAGCUCCUGCAUUAAACAAUGUUUUUACAUCACUAUUUCCGGGGACAACUAUUGCUCAACCAGCCAACUUGUGUUUUCUGGCAUCUUCAAGCAGUGAUCCUACAGUUCUCAUUCGUCAUCAGAUACUGCAUCAAGUGGAAUUCUAUUUCAGUGCAGAUAAUCUAGCUAGAGAUAUCUAUCUUCGUCGUCAGAUGGAUUCUGAUGGUUGGGUGGAUGUUAAUGUAAUCGCUAAAUUCAAUCGAGUGGCGUCUGUAUGUAAAGAUCUAAAUGAUAUUCUAGAGGCAAUCAGAGUCAGUCCUUUGUUAGACGUUGAUGUACCGAAUGCUCGAGUUCGGUGUAAAAAUAAUCCAUCAAUAUGGCCAAUUCCUUCUGUUUCGCACGAUAAAUUUCGAACUGAUGCUAAAAAUAGUACAGGUGGUUUAAAUCCAGAUGCUCCUGAAUUUAUUCCAUCUCAAACAAUGGUCAACUCGAAUCAGUCAGAACCUGUAAAACCUUCAGAUGAAACCACACCCACCACCUCAGCUCAAGAAGAUUUGAACUUUUGUUUUUCAAGUGAAUGUCGUAACAAAGCAUCAUUGUAUUCUACUUCUUCACCGGUAAAACACACUCGAUCAAGUUAUUCAGAAUGUGAAAUGUAUCCACCAACUACGCAUUGUCGAACAAGGACAUCGUCUACUAACUCGGAGGAUGAUUUAGACGAUGCUAUGCUCUCUUGUUUGAUGGUGAUUGCUCCGAAUACAUCGCAUGACCUAAUGAUUAGCUCUGAUAAUCUGGGUGAAAACUCAAGGAAAGAAAGUUCAGAACCUUUACAGGCCACUAAAGUUCUAAGCGAUUCAACAGGUACUGAUAGUUCCGUGGAGAAAAGCAUUGAAACUCUCAUUGAUGAUCUAUGCAAAGCGAUUGAAGAAUCUCAAGUUCACUGUGAAUCUAAUUUAACGGAACCCAAUGUAGCAAUGAAAUCCAAUAAAGAAACAGAAAUAACUUGUAGUGAUGCUACUACAACUGUCCCAUGUACAGAUGAUGGCGUAGCAGUAGCAGUAGUAUCAUCUACUACAACUAUUGUGUCUAUUACUGACACUUCAACUAUUAUCACAUGUACUGCUAACAACACUUCUCUUGUACAGUUCGAUACAUGUAUAUCUUCUGAUAUCUCUGUCCACCCUACUACUAUUUCAAUGCCAUCAGCCACCCCUCUUUUGUAUACAGUGUACUACAUUCCUCAAAUGAAUCCAAUCCCAUUAAUACCGCCGAUUAACGGUACAUUUCCUCAUAUUCCACAACCCUUGAAUUCAUCAGUACCACCGUCCUGUGUAAAUUCUGAUCAAAACCACCACCCUUCAAUCACUGGCGCGAAACGUGAUUUGAAAGGUCGUACUAUUGGAUUUUUCCCUGUUUCCAGUGACUUUGAUACACAAAAUGCAGAUUCCAGUACUGAUGCAUAUAAUAUGCAAAGUUCAGAAAGUCAUGACAACAAGUUAUCAUCAUCAUCCAGUAAGGGUAAACACGUUGGCUUCCUUCUACAUCCUGUAUCUGCUGCACGUUCACAACUACAAGCCAAUUGCAGCGAUGCCUCUCCGACUACAACACAUCAGCCAAGUCAUUUGUUACAACAAAAAGGCUUCACAUUUCAUGCCUACAAUCAAUUCCGUUCUAAAUGUCUCAGGGAUAGAGAAGCAAAGGGUAAAGGUCAAUCACAGGAAAUGAAUACACUGUAUAGUUUUUGGUCCUUCUUUUUACGAGAACACUUUAAUCGAUCAAUGUAUAAAGAUUUUCGUAAACAUGCAUUGGAUGAUGCUAAAGACAAUGCAAGAUAUGGGAUAGAAUGUUUAUUUCGAUUUUACAGUUAUGGAUUAGAACGUCAUUUUCGUAAGGCAAUUUUUAAAGAUUUUCAGGAAGAAACACUCAGAGAUUAUGAUGAUGGUCAUCUGUAUGGAUUAGAGAAACUUUGGGCUUUCUUACACUACAGCCAACGAAAAGUGAAACUUGAACCACGUUUACAAAAUCUAUUGGAUUCAAAAUAUCGUACACUACAAGAUUUUCGUGUCAACUUUGAACCGCCGACUGGAUUUUUUGUCAAAAAAUCAUCACGUCGUCGUACAAAAUCUGAGUCGACAGUCACUUAUCAAACUAGACGACCAACAACACCAACACAUUCAUUGUCCUAUAGCAACAAUAACAGAAGAUCGCCUCCAUGUGAAUUUCAAUCUAGUGGAAGACUGUUGUAAUGAGGAGAUGGCGAUGCUGGCGAUGAUGAUAACGACGACAAUCAAUGGACAAUAAUCUGCCUCAUCAUUCAUGUUCAAUUCAAUAAUUCACCAGUGUGUGUGUGUGUAUGGUGGUCUAUCUUUUGUGUUGCUAUCUUAGUCUGUGACCAAUUCACUUUGAUAAACCUGUCUUAUUUAACAUUGUAUAUUCCCCUUAUAUAUAUGCCCUAGUAUAAGAAUAAUAAUUGUGUCUCUCCGUGUCGUGUAGAAAAUGCGGUAACUGCUUUUAACAGGCUGUUGUUGUUGUUGUUAUUGGUAGUGGUGUGUUAACACACACACAUCCACACACCAGAAGUUGAUGGAUCAAUCAAUCAGUCAGUCCAUGUAUCUUCAACUUGUUCAAGUUAAAUUGGAGUCAUAAUCUGUCCGGUGCUAUCCACAAAAUAACAAUUACUAUUAUUGAAGUAUUACUAUUUUGUCUAGCUGUUACUAUUACUUUUAUUAUUAUUAUUAUUAUUAUACACAAGGAUGCUGUUAUUUUCUCUAUUCUGUAAAUAAUUUCAACAUCAUAUUGUCGUCAACUGUGUUGCCUGUAAUACUGUCACAUUUACACACACGCACACAGACAUCUCACUUAGUUUUCAUUCAUUUCAAUGAAAACAAACACAUGGUUUUAUAUAAUUAAUUGGUUUUUAUGUACGCGUAUAUGUAUAUGUAUUAGUCCACUAUAUGUGUGUGUAUGCGUGUAGUAUUCGUGUGUGAAAGUGAGUGGGUGAGUAAACCGACUCCCUUAUUAUAUAUUUCUACUUUAUUCAUUUCACUUAUGCUCUUUUGCAUACAUUAUUUAUUCUAAGCUUUAUGACUAUUAUUAUAAUUACUAUGAUAACAAUUAGUAUUACUAUUAUUAUUUAUUUAUUUGGGUAACAGGAGGUUAAUUUAAUUUCUGUUUUUUUCGUUUCCUAUUCAUAUUUGAACUGAUGAUAAUGAUUAUUUAAUCUCCUUUCUAUCUGUCUAUCUCUACCCGCCCCAACGCGCGCACCGCCCCGUCUCUGCUUUCCGUGUCCUCUGGUCUCCCAACAUUGUAAUCUGAUUUGUUCUUUCUCUCUCCUUAUUUUUCUUUGUAGUUUGUCUUAUUAUCAAAUUUGGACGACACUUGGUUAAAAAAAGCGCAACAGAUAUAUGCGCAUUGGGGUUGAAUGAGAUGUAUACAGUGAGUGAGAACAAGAACAAUAAUGAGUAUAGUGAAGUGGGUGGGGCAGAGUAGAGAGAACCAAUUAAUUCACUUAUUUUGAUCCAUCUAUCCACCUGUGUUUGCCUAGUUAAUUUCCCACUUCAAUUUUCUCAACACUUUAUUUAUCUAAUUUGAUUGAUUUGUCCGAUAGAUAGCGCACUCCCCCUACAUCCACCUUCUCGGGUGUGAUAUUGGUGGGGGGAGAGUAGUGCUGGAUUGAAAUUUCAGCAUGACGUUUUUUGUGGUUUAGCGGUUUAUCGCUCUUACAUUUGUUACAUCUAUUCACACUAUUACUACUGCUAAUGUGUUUAUUGUGUGGUUCUUUUCGCUGUCGUAGGUCCCUUCCCACCCACCCCCCGUCGCGGAAACCCUGGUUCAAGGUGGGUGGGUGUCCGUGUGUGUGCGUGCGUGCGUGUGUUAAAUGUAGUUUUAGAGUAUUUACGCACUAUUUUUCUUUAACCUAUUGGAUCAAAAUCUUAUGUCCCUUUAAUUCUUUUCAGUCAUAAUUAUUACUAUUAUUAUAGCCAUUUGUGCCAUUUCACUUUGUGUGUGUUAAUCUUGUAUUCUGUUUUGUGUGUGUGUGUGUGUGUGUGUGUGCGCUAAUGUUUGGGAGAGAGGAGUUUGCGUCAUCAGUUGUAGUGGUUGUCCCUUUUCGUAAUCGAGCACUGAGUCAGUCAGGCGGUCAGUCGUGUUAAUAAUCAGGCUAUAGAUUUACUGUGUCUUUGGAGGAAGACGUCUGUUUAAUCGAAGCGUAAAGAAAUAGAAGAUAAUUAGAGAUUAUAUGCAGUCAUUAUCCAAGAAUGCUUUUCCGGUGUAGUCUUAGUAAUACGAGAAAACUAUACGCUUCUUGACUGCUUGUCAGGUGCUACCGGUAUUUAGUUCAUUUGAACGAUAUGAGUAAGAGAUCCCUCACUUACUAUUAUCAUUAUAUUUGAAAAUUAUGUGGCCGAGAGAGCUGUCAAAGACCCUAAACUCUUGAGGAUUAUAGUCGUCUUGGUGUGGAUUCGAAUCCCACCUUUGGGGCACAUGCUUGUGUAUUAAUGGUUCUAAGGGUAGAGUACUUAUCAGCCAUGCAAAGAUUCGGGUUCGUUUGCCGGCUGACACACUCGUAAAUCGUGUAUUGUUGUUUACUAAAUGAUAAUAAACGUGAAAAAGAGGAAAUAUUGGGUUAGCAACCCCCCUUGGUAGAAACAAGCUCCCCACUACAGGAACUUCAAGCUCGGCAACACUAAAAAGACGUAGUUUAUCUGAAACGUGUAAUGUGCGUAUUUGCGCCACAUAUAUCGGACAUUCUAAUCACACACACACACGAGUACUUGUCACACAUACAGUUUUUAUAGAAGGCAUGAAUAAUUACAUUACAGGUCACAGUGUGUACAGGUCAAGGUCACAAAUAAUGGGUAGGGAGAUGAACUAAAGAUAUGGCUAAGAAAGAGAAAAAGCAAAGAAGAGUUUGAAAAUAUUAUGAAACAAAUUGGUCCUUGGUUCUAAAUUGGAUUACCAAGGCAUAUUUAUGGCAAAAGCUUCAACGAAUUUAAGCAUGUUAUCCAAUAGUGUUUCGUCUAUGGGUUUAAAGGUAUUAUUGAAAUCAACCUUAUGACCUGUCUCUAUAAUGUGCUUCGCUAUAGACGAUGUUGGACAUCUAUUUCCGGG